AUGGAUUCAGCAGUAGAAUUAUCAGAUCCAUUCGAUUAUAUAGAUCAUUAUUUUGGAUACCCAGUUAUUGGUACAGAAUAUUCCUAUGAAAAAUUAGUUAACCCAUCAAUGUUAUGUGAAGAUAAAUAUUUUAAUUUAGUUGGAAUGAUGAAUUAUAUAAUAAAAAACAAAACUUCUGAUGAUGAUGAAAAACCUGGAAAUUCAAAAAUUAAAUCACAUACUGAUCAACCACCCACAACUCAAACCUUAUCCAAAUCCAAUUACAAUGUAAUAUUUAAAAUUGUAAUAUUUAUAAUAAUAAAAUGUAAAAGAAUAAAAAAGAAAAAUAGGGUAAACAAUCCUAAAAUAAAAACAAAUAAUCCAAAUGAAGAAUUUGAAAAUACUGGAGCUGAUAGUGUUGUAACACAAUAG